AUGACUAUGACCUCUACACUGUGUCCAUCCUAUUUCGAGUAUUCAGACAACAUGGAUACAAAAUGCCUUGUGGAACUUUGUAUUCUCUCGAGAUGCUGCACGGAUGCCAUUGAUCAGCUACCCGCAGAUUACAUGAAAGUUCUUUACAGAGCUAUUUUGAAUCUUUUCAAAGAAACUGAGAAUGAUUUGAGCAAGCAAGGAAGAUCCUAUGCCGCAUAUUAUGUGAAGGAGGAAUUCAAAGAUUUGGUGAGAGCCUACCGUGUAGAGGCGCAAUGGGCAGCUAAAGGCCAAGUCCCAACAUUCGAUGAGUACAUACGGAAUGGAUUAACCACAACUGUUUAUGGGGUAAUUAUGGCAGCAUCCUUCCUUGGGAUGGAAGAAGUUGCAGGAGUGGAGGAAUAUGAACGGCUAAAAAGUAAUCAAAAAAUUGUUAGAGCUGGAAAGAUGAUCGGUCGUUUAAUGAAUGACAUAGUAGGCCACGAGAUAGACUUCAAAAAAGAAAAGAAAGAAAGAAACUCCCGUGAUUUCCAGGCUUAUCGAUUGCUUGUGUAA